GCAUGUGGCGGGCGCUGGCGGCGGCCCGGCCGCUCCUGCGGCCGCUCGGGGCCGGGGGCGCCCCGCGGGCGGAGCCGCCGCUACUCCGGGCCCCGCCGCUACUCCGGGCCCCGCCGCUACUCCGGGCCCCGCCGCGUCGGGGCUGCGCGGCGACGGGAGGCGGAGGCGGGCCCGGGGCGCUGGGGGCGGCGGAGCGGUGCCAGCCGGCAGGUACUGUUCUUCCAGAGUUCAACAUUGACUUGGUUGUAGCGCUGCUGAGGCAAGAAAAUGCUAAAGACAUCUGUGUCAUCCAUCUAUCUCCAGAAUUAAAAUACUGUGAUUAUUUUAUAAUUGUGAGUGGAUUUUCAACACGGCAUCUUCAUGCAAUGGCAAAUUACAUGCUGAAAAUGUACAAGCAUCUCAAAGAAGAAGGUUGUCCUCAUACUCAGAUUGAAGGAAAACAGACAGAUGACUGGCUGUGCAUUGAUUUUGGUAGCAUAGUGGUGCAUUUCAUGCUGCCAGAGACACGAGAAGUUUAUGAACUGGAGAAGCUGUGGACUCUUGGUCCCUACGAUGACCAGUUAGCGCAGAUGACUCCACAGUCCCUGCCAAAAGACUUUAUCUUUGGACUGACUCCCAACAGCAGUGAUCAUCUCGAGACAAGAACUUAAAGCAGCUACUGUAUGGAAAGAGGAUGAGUGUGCCUGAAUCAUACAGUCUUGAGAACGGAGUAGUCAGUGCAGUUGAUCAGUACAAAAUAGUGUAUUUAUUGGACAUACCUAGGUAGAGUUCUGAGCAAGCUAAAGUGAGCAGAAUCAUAGAAUCAAUAAGACUGGAAAAAAUGCCUUAAGAAUCCAACCAUGAAAUGUCAAAGAAGGAAACCUGUUGGAGCUUCCCAGGGGAGCCAUUGGCUUAGUGGAGUUUGCAGUGAGAAGAGUGGGGCAAAGAGAGCUGCUUAAGCUGGAACUCAUGCUCAGCCUCUAGAAUAAUUGUUUUUCUAAUAUCUUUGAAAGACACGCUGUAGUGGCAGUGAAAACAGACUGGAGUGCUAUAAGGAAAAACUGAAAUAGUACAGUUGAGAUGAUGCUUCUUGUGUUAAGCCAUUUGCUUCGGGUCACAAUAAAGCAAGUCAUGGUCUGAAGGGGGGACAGAAAACAUUCUGGUGUUACUGAGAACAUAAAAGCUGAGAGCAAUAGUGGCAAAUAAAUGUGCUUUGAGUUAUCAGAACAGUAAAUCAGUUUUCCAGCCAAGGCAAACCUGGUUUUAAUAAUAAUAAAAAAAGCCCCAAACUGAA